AUGAGGCAGGAUGGGCUUCCUGGGCAGGCUGCUGGAUUUGGCGUUAGAGAUGUGGACGGGUCUGCUGGUAUGACAGAGUUCCAGGUGCUCCUAAAUGCCACCGCCGCACACUUUGGAUUCAAGCCGACGUACAGGAGGGUCUGGAUGGCGAAGCAGAAGGUUGUUGCCGUCAUCUAUGGUGACUGGGAUGAGUCGUACAACGAGCUCCCUAGGUGGGUGUUAGGAGUCCAGUUGACCAUGCCUGGUUCAGUAGCAGUCCUUCGGACAUGCCCUGUUCGAGUUGGGGGCCAGUUAGACGAGUCUCAUGCUUAUUUUCAUAGGCUGUUCUGGACAUUCCCACCUUGUAUCGAGGACGGGAACUCCAACAUACUCCCUGUGGCAUUUGUACUAGUUGAGGGUGAGAAUGCUGAUUCGUGGUCCUUCUUUCUCUCUCACCUCCGUCAGCACGUCACACCGCAGCCAGGUCUGCUAGUUAUUUCGGACAGGCAUAACGGCAUCAAGGCCGCGCUUGAGGCUCCUGAUGGGGGAUGGCUACCUCCGGCUGCAUACCGAGCAUUCUGCAUUCGACACGUAGCAGCCAAUUUCGCCCUCACCUUCAAGGGCGAAGACGCUCGGAGGCUUCUUGUGAAUGCCGCAUAUGCAAAGACCGAAGUGGAGUUCGAUUACUGGUUUGACAUUCUGCGCUCUGAGAAUCCGGCGAUGUGUGACUGGGCGAACAGGAUUGAGUAUUCAUUGUGGACACAAUAUUGUGAUGAGGAGCACAGAUUCGGACACAUGACGACCAAUAUCUCUGAGUGUGUGAGCUCAAUCCUUAAGGGUGUUAGGAACCUCCCUGUGUGCUCGUUGGUGAAGGCCACAUAUGGCAGGUUGGCUGAACUAUUUGUCUGCAAUGGGGAGGGAGGCAUAGGCCUAGCUAGGUACCGGACAACAAUUCAGUCAAUACCUGGUAAAGUGUAUCGAGGCCUAUCUGAAGACGGCUAG